UGCAAAUGAAUCCACUCGACUUGCCUAUCGCUGCUCUCUCACUCUCAUCGUCGUUGUCUCGUCAUGCACUGGACCGCUUCCGCCCUCCUCUUACUAAGCGCAGCCUUGCUGGGCGGCGGUGUCGAGGCAUCAUCUUCUCCAGCAUCUAGCAUCGUCUGGACAAAUACCCAACGCUUUCUCUUCGACGUCGAUGGCAACCAGAUUGAUGCCUACGGCUCCAAAAUCAAUCUCUUCCAGGGCAGCUACUAUCUCUAUGGCAAUAGCUUCAGCACCACCGGAUCGGCUUUUGGCAUCAAAUCGUACUCGUCUCCCGACCUGAAGCAUUGGAAGUACGAGGGCUUUCUCUACGACCCUACCACCCCGAGUCCCUGUGAUGCAAUCGGUGGCUGCGGUCGGCCACAUAUUGUUUUCAACUCGGAGAGCAAGACCUAUGUCUUGUGGGCCAAUGCUGGCUCCGCGGGAUACAUCGUGGGGACAUCGACUUCCCCUUCUGGACCGUUCACCUUUCUGAAUCAAACUGCCGCUAUCGACCCGCAAUUCGACGGCCUUCAACCCGCCGACUUUGCAGUGGAGACCUUUAACGGAAAAGGGUAUAUUGUCUUCUCGGUGUUGAACUUCCGCUCUCCCAACGCCGGCAGCAUCUGGCCGCCCAUCUUUCAGACUCUUCACAUCAGCGAGUUGACGCCAGAUUACACCAAUACCACCCUCACGAGUUACCGCGUCACUUCUCCCGCAAUGGACCUCAUCGAUCAGGAGACCGAAUCACCUGAUUUUUUCGUAACCGAGAAUGGCACGUUCUACGUCUUCGCCAGCAACACGUGCGGGUAUUGCAACGGGUCGAUUGCCUUGAUGUACCGUGCCAACAGCCUCAAUGCCACCUGGGAUAGACAGAUUCUUUCGGGCUAUUCUUGCAAUGGGCAACUGGAGGGCAUCCUCCCCCUGCAAUCUCCGCAGAACAAAGCGAUUGACUAUAUCUGGCAUUCGACGUCUGUGCCUGGAGGGCCGAGGACUGGUUUCAGCGGUCACAUUUUCCAGCCGUUGCAGUUUGCAUCCGAUGGCUCCGUUCAUGAUCUCAAUUGUGCAUCUUCUGCUGCGUUCAACGUGAGCUUUGUCUCCGGAUCCGACUCGUUGCCGUCAGGUGUGGCUUCGUCAGCGGUCGACGGCUCGCCCAUGUUUGCAGACUAUGAAGCAGUGUGCGACUCGGAUCAAUUCACUCUCUAUCAAACAUGGCAAGCGAGUCAAAGCGGAAGCAUCAAAAGCGUAUCGGUCAACGUGGCCAGCAGCGUGCAGACCGUCCCGUUGACGAUGACGCUCUUCAAAUUCAACUCCUAUCAGCACUUGACUGCUCCGGAAUACAAGUGGACGACAUAUGGAAGCGCGAGCUACAAUGCCUCGGCACUCACCUUCGUCUUCGACACGGUGGUUGCAUCUAAUAGCUCGAAUGUGACGGUGAGCAAGGGAGAUCUGCUCGGAUAUUCUUUUGCCGGCGCAGACUUUGCACCCAAGGACUGGGGCAGAACUCGCUGCGUGGCCUGA